UCCCAUCAAUGUCCUGAGAGGAGGAGCAAGAGGCGGUGUAUCAGGAUGUGAGAUGUCUGUGGGCAAGGUGCCUGCUUAGUCCAAGAGGGACCAUGGGAACUGGACUGUGGCCAGAUGCCCCUUCCCUCCAACAACUCCAUCUCCACAUGAGCUGGGGCUUCAGAACCUUGGCAAAGUGUGGGGACUCUCUCUACUCGAUUCCUUGUCCCAAACUCUUUUAGUGUCUGUUUCUUUUCUCCCCUCUUCUUUCCCUGGGGUUGGAACAGCUGUUCAGAGACCCCACCAUGACUCAUUCUCUUCUCUUUCUCCUCCUACCCCCUCAAUUAACCCCACCUUUCCCAGUCCAAUGAGGUAGUAUUGGGUCCCAGCUGCAGAUGGGGCAAGCUUUCUUUUUAGCUGGAACAAGCUGCUGGCCUUUAGCGCCCAGUCUCACUAGUGUCCCUGGGCCCCUCCUUCCACGGACCUAGGACUUUCUACUCUCUCCAACCCACCCUGGGAAGCUAGGGAGCAGAUUAAGUUUCAUAACCUUAUAAGAUUUUUAGUUUAAGUUUUACUUCGUGUCCUUGUUUCAGAAGGUAGUAAAAAGACAGCUGGUUCCCCUUGACCCAAUCCUGUGGAUUUUUUCAGUUACUCCAGCAAGGCCAUGCUCCCUCCUGAAAUUGGCCUUUCUUCAUAAGAAGCAGAGGUACAGAAUUCUCAAGAUUCGUGGGCACCUGAGUUCCUGCCCCCUACCCCCUUGCAGGUUUCCCAUCCCCCUCAAGAUAUUCAUGGAUGGAUGAGAGGAGCUGACACUGAUCUUCCCCUCUGGCAUCACCUUUUCUUUGGCCAUGGAGGAAGCCCUGUUGCCUCUGGCCAUGACUUCUGACCCCAGGCCCUUUAAUCAACAACUCCCAGAGCCUCCAGACCCAAGAUGUGCCUUGGAACCCCAGGACAAUCCUGAACUGGCACCCGCCCUGGUGUGUGCUCUUUGCUGCUGCUUUGGAAUCAUCUACUGCUGCUUCGGCUACCGCUGCUUCAAGGCAGUAAUGUUUCUCUCGGGCCUGCUGUCGGGAGCUCUGGUGAUCUUCCUGCUGUGCCACAAGGAGCGAGUGCUAGAGACACAGCUGAGCCUGGAGGUGAGCGCGGGCAUUGCGCUGGGCAUCGGACUCCUCUGUGGCCUGGUCACCAUGUUGGUUCGCAGCGUUGGGCUCUUCCUGACUGGUCUCCUGCUAGGCCUGACCCUGGGUGCCGGGGCCCUGCUGGGCACAGAGCCCAUCUACCAACCACCUUCAGCCUGGGUGCCAGCUGGGGGGUUGGUGGGGCUGGCACUCCUGGGAGCCCUGCUCACGCUUCGGUGGCCACGUCCAUUCACAGUUCUGGGCACAGCCCUGCUGGGUGCUGCGGUGCUGGUGGCCUGUGCUGACUACUUCCUAGAGGGGCUGGCACUGGGCAGUCGGCUGGGCCAACGCUUGCAGGCACUUCCAGCCUUGCCUCCUCUCUGCUGGUAUAGCUGGGUCUUGCUGGGCAUCUGGCCAGCCCUGGGGGCCCUUGGGGCCCUGGCCCAGUGGAAGCUCAUGGAUGAGGAACAUGGAGGCCACGCCAAUGUGGUCUUGAGCCACCAGCGAAGGCAUCUUCAACUCCUUCGGAUUCGCCAGCAAGAGGCCAAGUUGCACCGGACAUCCACUGGGGUGGGGCUCUGUGAAGGCAGCUACCGGCGCCAGCUUCCCCCCAAUACCCGGAGCCCCGCUGAUAGUCUGGCUCCCAGUUAUCUGCAGAGCCUUCGAGAGCGCCAACUGGGACCAGGCCCCCAGGCCACAGCCCCUCACACCGUCCUGGACCUGGAUUCCGACUGUGGUUCCACUGUACCCCUCACCACACCUUCUGGUUCCACCCGGACCUGAGCCUAAACCUCCACUGAUGCUUCGACCCCUAGCAAGGGCCUUGGAACACCAACUGUGCAGGGCCUGAACCCACAGGACCCGCACACAAACUUCCCCACCUCUGUCACUGGAGAUAGAAUCUGUACUCCAACCCAGACCAGUCCUGUAGGGAUAUGUUUCAGGGACAGAUAAAGGGGAAUCUUGUGGGGAGGGGAGAGGAAUGGAAGGCUGAAUACCUACCUCUGUCCAAUAAUAGAGGUGCCCUGCCCCUAGAGUAACUGGCUUCCUAAUUCCCUCGAAACCAAGGAGGGCCCUUACCCAAAGAGCCUUUUACAUACUUGCCUCAGUGUGCCUCACGAUGGUAGAUUAGGGGGUUUUGUUGUUGUAGGACCUACAGAAAACCAGGUAGCUCCCUAAAGCACUUGAUAGCUAUUUGAUGGGGAGAAGGGCACAGAGGAGCUCCUGGCUUCCAUAGGCUCAAGUCCCGUUCUCCUACCUCAUUUGGGAAUACCGUCCUCCAUGGUGCUUCCCUUUCUCUCCUUAAUGUGGGGAAGACCAUGGGACAAUGCAUGGCACAGAACCUGCCUCCCCCCACAGCUGUCUACUUCUCCAAGGGGAGACCAUUGGCACACAUGCCAGAGUCUUGCCCUUUUGCCCAAAGCAGCCUGGUCUUCACCGCUGCAUGGGAGACAAGUGCCUUCUCUGCUUCUCAUUGUAGGUGAUGCUCAUCUCUUUCACUAGAACUUUAUCCCAGCCACUAACCCAUUCUAACUCCCUCCUCUGAUUUUCCUGCUCAGAGUCUGUUCCCUGGUUCCCCGGACAGCAUGAAGGAAGAUGUGUUCCUCCCCUGGGCAGCAGAGCUAUGAUGGGAGGGAGGAAGAAUAUGGAGCAUGUGAAUAAAAAGGCAUUGAACACUGAA